GCAAAGAAAGGGCGCCGGGACGUCUGCUCGGCGGCAGUCCUGACCCACUCUGUUGGGGUUCCCUAGAUUUUCGAAGCGUCCGUGAAUGGAAACGACGAGGAUCCCACCCUCUCGCGCCUCUACCCGGCCUCCUUCCCGCGGUGGGCCCCGUAGACCGGCGCGGCCCCUUUAAGAGCCUCGCGGUCGGCCGCCGGAGGUCGCGGUGUUCCCCCGGCGCCGCCGGCCGCUCUCAGCCUCCGCUUGGGCCGCGCUCUCCGCCAUGCACGCGCUGCGGGCAGGCCUGACUCUGGCGCUGGGCGCGGGGCUGGGCGCGGCGGCGGAGAGUUGGAGGCGGCGGCGGCGGCCGGACGCGUGGGAGGCGCCGGGGCUGCUGGGCCGGCUGCCCGUGCUGCCCGUGGCCGCGGCAGCCGAGCUGCCCGCCGUGCCCGCGAAGCCCGGGGCCCCGGUGGGCACCGGCGAGCUGGCCAAGUACGGGCUGCCGGGGCUGGCGCAGCUCAAGAGCCGCGAGUCGUACGUGCUGUGCUACGACCCGCGCACCCGCUGCGCGCUCUGGGUGGUCGAGCAGCUGCGGCCGGAGCGCCUCCGUGGCGACGGCGACCGCAGCUCGUGCGACUUCCGCGAGGACGAUUCGGUGCACGCGUACCACCGCGCCACCAACGCCGACUACCGCGGCAGCGGCUUCGACCGCGGCCACCUCGCCGCCGCCGCCAACCACCGCUGGAGCCAGAAGGCCAUGGAGGACACCUUCUACCUGAGCAACGUCGCGCCCCAGGUGCCCCAUCUCAACCAGAAUGCCUGGAACAACCUGGAGAAGUACAGCCGCAGCCUGACCCGCACCUACCAAAAUGUCUACGUAUGCACAGGGCCGCUCUUCCUGCCCAGGACGGAGGCUGACGGGAAGUCCUACGUGAAGUACCAGGUCAUCGGCAAGAACCACGUGGCGGUGCCCACCCACUUCUUCAAGGUGCUGAUCCUGGAGGCAGCAGGUGGGCAAAUCGAACUGCGAUCCUACGUGAUGCCCAACGCCCCCGUGGACAAGGCGGUCCCACUGGAACGCUUCCUGGUGCCCAUCGAGAGCAUCGAGCGGGCCUCGGGGCUGCUCUUUGUGCCAAAUAUUCUGGCGCGGGCAGGCAGCCUCAAGGCCAUCACUGCAGGCUGCAAGUGAAGGCUGUACCCCGCCGGACUGGGGGGGCUGGGUCACAUUAAAGGUGGUGAUUUUUGAA